AUGGCUAAGUUCUUGAAAGCUGGUAAAGUUGCUGUUGUCGUUCGCGGUCGUUACGCCGGUAAGAAGGUCGUGAUCAUCAAGCCACACGACGAGGGUUCCAAAUCUCACCCAUUCGGCCAUGCCUUGGUCGCUGGUAUCGAGAGAUACCCUCUAAAGAUCACCAAGAGAAUGGGCGCUAAGAAGGUUGCUAAGAGAACCAAGAUCAAGCCUUUCAUUAAGGCCAUCAACUACAAUCACUUGUUGCCAACCAGAUACACCUUGGACGUUGAGGCCUUCAAGUCCGUCGUCUCUACCGAGACUUUCGAAGAGCCUUCUCAACGUGAGGAAGCUAAGAAGGUUAUUAAGAAGGCCUUUGAAGAGAGACACCAAGCUGGCAAGAACCAAUGGUUCUUCACCAAGUUGAACUUCUGA